AUGAGGGAACAUCCCACCAGGCAGGAGCUUGAACGGCUGAAGCACUGUGCUUAUUGGGGGCAGGGAACUGCCAAAAAGCUGAGUGACUCAAGGACGUUGCAGAGCUGGCAAAUGAGGGAGAAGCUGUUCACGUCUGGAGCUGGUGAUUCCAAAGACAGCCCAGUCAUCAUGGCUCAUGCUGCUGUGUGUGGGGGGUUUACUGUUCCUCAGGUGCUGAGAGGUGCAAGCAGAAUUUUUGCCACUCAUUCUGCACUGGGGGUGUCGAGGCACUCUGCUUUUUGUUCCUGCACAGUGAACAGCACAAUAAAAUCAAAAAGGAAAAUGGAUCAUCUAGAGAGGACAGCAAAUAAUUUUCGCCAGGAGGUAAUUUCACAAGCAAAAGUGUGUGGAAUCACCAGUGAAUCCGAGACAGUCAAAAGACUUCGUUUGGCUGUGGCAAAUAAGGAUUUUACAUUCAAAGCAGGACAGUGGUAA